AUGCUCUCGGCCGUCGGGAGCCUCCUGCGCUUGGGCUCGGGGUGCGUGGUCCGCUGCGCCCCAGGGGCGUCUCGACCAGCAGCCGCUCGGCUGCGGGUAACCGCUCUCCAGCUCUGUGGUCUCCCUCGCUACUCCAGUGGUGAGACCCGCAGCGAUCCUGAUGCCCAAAGUCACGGGAAGGUUCACAGGGUCCUCGCCCAGCACAAGCCCACACAAUUCGACAAGAAAAUCCUGGUGUGGACCGGCCGUUUCAAAUCGAUAGAGGAGAUCCCGCCUCGGGUUCCGCCUGAAAUGAUAGAUGCUGCAAGAAACAAAGCCCGAGUAAAAGCUUGUUACAUAAUGAUAGGACUCACAAUUAUUGCCUGCUUUGCAGUGAUAGCAUCAGCCAAAAGGGCUGCAGAACGGCAUGAAUCCUUAACAAGUUGGAACCUGGCAAAGAAAGCGAAGUGGCGUGAAGAAGCUGCAUUGGCUGCACAGGAUAAAGCUAAAUGA